UUGAAGACGAUAAAAUGGAUAACAAUGAACCGAAAAUCUUAGAUGAAAGCGAUUUUUAUGUUAUGUAUAAGAGAUUGCAGCUGCAGCUGGAAUUGCUCCAUGUGCAGGAAGACUACAUUAAGGAGGAGCAGCGCUAUCUGAAAAAAGAGUAUGUGCACGCACAGGAAGAGGUGAAGCGGGCCAAGGCUGUGCCUCUGGUCAUUGGGCAAUUUCUCGAGGCAGUUGAUGAGAACACUGGUAUUGUGGCAUCCACCACGGGCUCCAAUUAUUAUGUGCGCGUGCUGUCCACAAUUGACAGGGAACAACUGAAGCCGUCCACUUCGGUUGCGUUGCACAAGCAAAGUAACUGUUUAGUGGACCUGGUGCCUCCGGAGGCAGACAGUACCAUCUCAAUGUUGUCGCCAGAAGAGAGACCCAAUAUAACCUAUGCAGAUAUUGGCGGACUUGAUAUGCAAAAGCAAGAAAUACGCGAAGCUGUCGAAUUGCCAUUGACUCACGCGCAUUUGUAUAAGCAGAUUGGCAUUGACCCACCACGCGGAGUGCUUCUCUACGGUCCCCCUGGCUGCGGCAAGACAAUGUUAGCUAAAGCAGUCGCUAAUCACACCACAGCAUCUUUCAUUGCUGUUGUUGGCUCGGAGUUUGUGCAAAAAUACCUGGGAGAAGGACCACGUAUGGUUCGUGAUCUGUUCCGCCUGGCCAAACAGAAUGCCCCAUCCGUUAUUUUUAUUGAUGAAAUCGAUGCGAUUGCAACCAAACGUUUUGAUGCUCAAACCGGCGCCGAUCGCGAAGUUCAGCGCAUAUUACUAGAGCUAUUAAAUCAAAUGGAUGGUUUCGAUGAAACCACCAACAUCAAGGUAAUUAUGGCCACUAAUCGCGCUGAUACUUUAGAUCCAGCCCUCCUUCGCCCCGGACGCUUGGAUCGCAAGAUAGAAUUUCCGUUGCCGGACCGCCGUCAAAAGCGUUUGAUUUUUACCACCAUAACAGCCAAAAUGAAUCUAGCCGAAGACGUUGAUUUGGAGGAGCUCAUUGCUCGCCCGGACAAAAUUUCGAAUGCCGACAUCAACGCGAUUUGCCAGGAAGCUGGAAUGCAUGCAGUUCGGGAAAAUCGUUAUAUCGCACACGCUAAAGACUUUGAAAAAGGCUACAAAACAAGCGUGCGGAAGAAUGAAUCUCAGCACGAAUUUUAUAAUUAAAUAUUGCCAUGUACGAAAUAAAAAUAUAAAAUUAAUUAUAAAUAUGCUAUUAGAAA